AUGCCUACAAAGGUCGAAAAUAAACAAAGAGCCAGAAAAGAGCCUCGCGCUAUAUCAGUCUAAAUUGCGUUUGUGUUUGCGUCUAGUGUCCGGGCAGUCAUGGAGAACGUCUUUUCAUGUCGAGCAAGUGUUUAUCUAGAUCAAGGAGGCAGGAAAUACAUGGAGGAUUUUGUACAGAUUAAGCAGGAUGAUGAGCCGAGCGAGGACGAGCUGAACGCGGCUGCAGAGCGAGGCGAGGCGGAAGUGGAGAACGCCAGCGAGCGGCUUGAACACACACCCGCGGAAAGCGCGCAGAGCCUCGCGACCGAUCGAUCGCGGCUCUCUCCGGUGGCGGAGAGCGAUGAAGCUGAGUGCGGUUUGCUGAAGCACACUCGCCGCUCCCGGGCUGUGGCUUUCUACGCGGUUUUUGAUGGACACGGCGGCCCCGACGCGGCGCGCUACGCCCAGAACCAUCUCUGGGAUCUGAUCAAAAAACAAAGAGGCUUCUGGUCGACAGACGACGAAGAAGUGUGCGGAGCCAUACGGAAGGGAUUUAUCGCCUGCCACCAUGCCAUGUGGAAGAAACUGCCGGAAUGGCCAAGGACAGCAACUGGCCUGCCCAGCACAUCUGGAACAACUGCAAGCGUAGUUGUGAUUCGCCGUGACCGUGUGUAUGUUGCCCAUGUUGGAGACUCAGCUGUGGUUCUUGGGGUGCAGGACAGUCCCACUGAUGAGGUGCUGCGGGCAGAAGAAAUCACACAGGAUCACAAACCUGAGUUACCCAAAGAGAGGAAACGAAUCGAGGGACUUGGAGGGAGUGUGAUUAAAAAAUCUGGGGUGAAUCGAGUGGUGUGGAAAAGACCCAGGCUUACUCACAACGGACCAGUCAGAAGAAGCACGGUCAUUGAUCAGAUUCCUUUCCUCGCUGUCGCUCGAGCUUUAGGUGAUCUGUGGAGUUAUGAUUUCUACAGCGGAGAGUUUGUAGUUUCACCUGAGCCUGACACUGCCGUUAUCAAGCUGGAUCUAAAACGGCACCGCUACAUCAUCCUGGGCAGUGAUGGCCUGUGGAACAUGGUUUCACCACAGGAAGCAGUAUCCAUGUGUCAGGAGACUGAUAGGGCCAAGUCUAAGUUCCAAGACACAAGGGAAAAUGUUUGUAGUGCUCAGGAGUUGGUGAACCAGGCUCUUCAAAGAUGGAGCCAGCGCUUGCUUCGUGCUGACAACACCAGCGCUAUAGUUAUUUGCUUGGAGCCAGUAGGGACGUUUUUUGAACCUUUGCCCCCGUAUGAAAUUGUGUACAACCUGCAAGGAGCAAAGACAAGCUCUACUAUAGAGUCUUCAUCCAGCACUUCACAGAUCCAGGAGGAAGGUGUAUCUUCUCUUGGUUCUAAACUGGAAUCCUUGGGCCAGCAAAAUGCUGACAGUGGGACAAGCGGUUCUGGAUUAUCAAAGUCUGACUUUCUUCGCAAAGAUCUCAGUGAUAAAAGCUUGAACGGUGGCAAGAAUAGUGACAUAGUGCCGACUGGCAAACGGAUGCUGGAGGAUCUCUCCAUCCCUGCAGGAAAGAGGGCACGCCGCAGCCUUCCUCACAGCCAUGCUUCCUCAUGCACUACUCGUCGGAGGUAUAGUGAGCGUCCGUCUCUAAGACGUGGAAACAAAAAUCAAAAGCAGUCCAACAAAGUGCAAGGUCUGUUACAGGAGCACGGAAAUGCUACUGUAUGCGUCUGCUAACAUUCGAGCGUGUUGCUUCAACACUCUCAAACUUGUAUCGGAUGGUCACAAACUCGGAUCAUUUUUUUAAUAAGCUACUGAGGAACCAGGCUCUAAAGUUAGAAGGUAAAAAUGUAAGAAUGGAUUCAUAUUUUUACGCAUAAAGCAGGCAUGUCAAUGCAAUAUAGUGUACUGCUUUUUAUCUGGCAUAUUGUGGUAAACCUGUUGUGUUCCAAUUUUUUCUGGGUCAUGUAAAAUAAUAGAGGGUCGGUUAAAUGCCCCAAAUUCCUGUGUCGCUUGUCACCUUCUCUAUAGUGUUUGUUUAAACUUGUAUUGCUGCAGUCCAAUCACCUACAUGUUUUUUGGCCUUGUAUGUACUUGGGACUCAGACACUUUAUGUUGAAGAAUUCCUGCUGUCUUCCAUUCGUCACAGUGGAAGGAUCAUGUGAAAAAUUCAACAGAAGAAUGCAUAUCUUCCGGGAAGAUAUUUCUCCUCGUAGAUGACAUGUACAUAUUCCAAAGAACAAUUUUAAAGAGUGACAAUUUACUUUGAGCAUUUAAUAAUCUAUGUAUUUUUAUACAUUUUGUUUUACAGAACUACAAUGGCACACAGUUUCUACCCGCAUGGAAUCUUAAUCUCUCGUCACUAUGUAUCUUACCUCGUCAAACAAGCAAGAAAUAUAUAAACGUCGAUGUCGUUUUAAAAGUUUUAAAUACAUAUUAGCAUUAUUCAGCAUCUCAUUUCCAGAUUAAUGUUUGUUACAUUGAGUUUAUUAUUUUUAAUGUUCUUUUUUUCCCUGUCUGUGAGACUUUCAUGUGCAACUUAAGGUGCUGCUAUGUUUAACCAGGUAAAUAAAAAAAAAAAAACUUGAUAAACUAAAUUAAAAUGUGUUGACUUACCACUUGAAGCCUUGUGGUAUACCAGUAGAAAAAGCUUUCCGAAGAUGCCUGUUCUCAAAUUAUUUCACAAAAUAAACUGUACUCACCAUGCAGCUUAGGCUAAUUGAUGAUUCCAAAUUGCCAUUAUGUGUGCGUGUGUGUGGUGCAGAGGUGGGACAAAGUCAUUGUUUGGCAAGUCACAAGUAAGUCUCAAUUCAUUGCCCUCAAGUCCCGAGUCAAGACCCGAGUCAAGACAGGCAAGUCCCGAGUCAAGUCCCGAGUCAAGACAGGCAAGUCCCAAGUCAAGUCCAAAGUCCUACGGUUUGACUUUCGAGGCUUUUCAAGUCUUUUUAGCAGAAAAAUAAAAUGUAUACAGAUUAUGUAUGGUUGUAAGAUCUGUAUUUAUUAAACAAACCUUUUUUUUAUGAAAGAACAUUGCUCAGAUACAUAAAAAUACAAAUGUUAGUAAAUGCUAGUAGCAAUGUAAAAUGGUAGCACAUAUUCUCAAUGAAGUAGGCUACUUCAUACAAACAAUAACGUUGUUUUCUUCACAUAACAUUAAAGAACUUUGCUCUC